AUGGAGCUGCAUAACCACAAGCUCUUUAUCCGUGAUAACAAAGACGUAUCGACACCUGUGGAUAGCGCCAUAGUGUUGAACCUGUUCGAUAGGUCUGACAUCGUCUCUCCCCGAUUCGUCCUCGUAGGAAUCGUCCCCGCUGUUUCGGACUGUGUUGAUACCGCGAAUUGGGUCCCACUUGAAUUUGGUGUCACCAAGGACGAGAGCCUUUGGUCUUCCAUGCUCAUUCAAGUUGUUCCCAUGCCCAGCGCCCCAGCUAGAUCAGCCAGUCUUGCUUUCAGCGAAUAUCACUAG